CCAUCUCGUCCAUCUCGUCCAUCUCGUCCGUCUUGCAUUCACACACUCCACCAUGUCCUCUCCACGACCACCACCAGAUGAUCGUGACGGCCCCAUUCGGGCAUCUGACACCCCAGUCGUAGCAGGGAGCGCGCCGGACGCGCCCCACGUCGGUGAGAGCUCCAGCGUCACCUCCGCCAGCUCCAACGUCGGUCACCCCGCCGCCACCACCAACCCAGCUGCAGCCAGCCCCUCCCUUCCUUCCACAGCCGAUCGCAGCACAUCGCCACCAGCAGCCCCUGCGCCCACCCCCACCGCUGGUCCCGCGCAGCAGGGACAGUCGGGCUCGCCAUCUUCUCCUAAUCGCCGGCGUGCUCAGCGCCCGCUGUCGUCCAUCUCCUUCUUCAUUCCUUUCACCGGCCAGCCAGCCGGCGCCGAUGGCCCCCAGGUCGGUCUGACUUGGACCCUCGAGGUCUUCGGCAACGACGAAGAGGGCGCGGCCCCGGGACCCAAUCCCACCCCUGCUGCUGACGGGACACCGAACAACGCGAACCCCGAGGCUGGUGACGGAUCUCCUGCUCCCGAGACCCAGAAUGCCCAGAAUGCUCCCAGUCCGAGCGCGAACGGCAACCCAGACCCUGCAGUCCCCCCGCCUGGCCCCAAUCCUCAGCCGGCGAACCAGGAGCGCGAUGGCACACGCUCCAUCUUCUUCAUCGUCGGACCCGACGGCACGAUGCGCCGCGGUGACGGUGCGGCCGAUGCUGCCGCCGCCCCGCCGUUCCCCUUCCCUUUCCCCUUCGCAUUCCCCUUCCGGCCGGGUCCCCCGCCUCCUGACCCCGCCAAGGCAGCAGAGCUACUCAACUCGCUGCCAACUGUGGGCCGUGCCCUUCUCAAACGCGUCGACAAAGUGGUGGCCGCGGAAGGAAGGCGUGAUGACGGUGACGCUUCAGGGUGGCAGUGUGGCAUUUGCCUCGAAGGCAUCGACCUCGGUGAGACCGUCAAGGCGCUGCCCUGCAAUCACCUCUUCCAUGAGACUUGCCUGAAGCCAUGGUUCACGAAUCAUCACCACACCUGCCCCACCUGCCGUCUCGAUCUCGACCCCCUCCGCACCCUCCAUGAGCCAGCUAGACGCGCGCCGCUGCGUCCCGCUACGACGGGCUCUGGUCGCGGGACACCAGCGGGCCGUGCUGCCCACCCGUACGCGCGCCCCGCUGCCCCAGCUGCUGCCGAGGGUCGCCGCAGCCGCCCAGGCAGCAAUGCGCCCACUCAGCCAGGCACACCCCAGAACGAGCGCGCCGACGGGGGACACCGCCUUGAGGUACCGUUGAACCCCCUCGACGUGGCAAUCGACUUUGCCCGCAGCCUAGGCCUCCCUAUCGGGGCACCGAUUCUCGUUCGUGAUGGCGAGGCGCCCCGCGAGGGAGAAGAAGCUGGGCACCCUGACACUGCCGCUGAAACAGGUCCUGCUGCCGAUCUCGGCGGUGGAGCGGCGCCUGCGCCCGGAAACACCCCUGCCGAGCAGCCCGGCCAAGCGCAGCCGCACGGCGGCCUUGACCAGCCUAUGCCCGAGCGCCACACCCAUAUCGGCGGCGGUGGGGACGCCGACGAGCGGCAGGAGGCGCAGGCGCACGGGCCGGUGGGCACGGCAUCUCCUACUCAAGGUGAGGGCAGCGAGGCAACCUCUGGUGCACCCCCAGCUGCGGCUCAAGCACCCGUCGCCACGCCAGCACCUGCGCGCGGCGGCCCUCUACCUUGGGCUCCUGGGCUCUUUGGAUUGAACCCCCUCAGUGGAGGCGCGCCGUUCAACCCAGCUACGUUCUUGCUCGGUGGGAACCGCACUCGCCAGACUGCACCUGCCGCGGGAGGUGCUCCGGACGCGACCUCCGCUGCCGACUCGGCACCGGCUAGCGCCUCCGCCACUGGCUCUUCUCCGGCCACCGCCUCUUCUACUCCGGGCGGUGGGCCUCCCGGCUCGCCACCUGCUGGCGCCGCCCCAUCUAACCCCGCGAACGCUAGUCAAGCCACCAACACGAUGCCCCGCAACGGCGACAAUGGCGCAGACGCCAACACCCCUGGGGCAGGCGCUUUCCACAUUCCCUUCGAUUUCUUCAUUAUCCACCCACCUCCUGGUGGGGCGCCUCCCGAGGAGCCAGAGGCGCAGCCGGAGAACCAGCCACCCGCGCAGCCUGACUUCAUACCUCAGAGCCUGGAGAGCUGGACGGCCCAGCGUGAGAAGGGCCUUGGGUGGCGCUGUGACGCGGUCGAGUGCCUCAUCGCGCCGCCGGUGCCCGACGCGGAGUCGAUGGACGUGGACGACGAGCCCGAGGACGAUGCGGACGGGGCCGACAAGGAGAUGCUUGCCAUCUAUGCCGAGAGCCAGCCGCCCUUUCCCCCCCGCGAGCCCGGCACCGAACCCCACACGGGGCACGAGUUUGUCCUCCUCGCCUGCCCACACCGUUGGCACCGCGCGUGCCUCGAGACUGCGGCGCGCAGUGCGGGGCACUCCACCGAGCCUGACGCCAGCGGGCGUGAGUGGAUCCGCUGCGCGCGCUGCCGGAAGGAGGGCUGGAUCGUUCCGCGCGAGCCCGAGGGCGCUCCCUCAGCCGUGCCUACUCUCUGAGCGCCUCGUAACACUACACAUACCACCAAUCCCUAAUCGCACCCCACAUUUGCAUUACACCGCACUGAGCCCCCGUAGAAUGUUUAGACGUUGUAUAUUUAGACCACAUGAUCCAUAUCCGUGCAUAUGAAUAUCGAGUUUCGUAG